CUUUCCCUUUUACUCGUGCUCCCGGUGAACGCCGCCUAAGUUGCCUUUCGCGAUCGGUCGCGCUUGGACGGGUGCUCCGCUCACUCUGCGUCUCCGGCGUCGUACGCAGGGCCCCGCGUCGGCCCACAGCCUGACGGAGAACACACAGCCAUGCGGCCCUCCGCGAUGCUCGCGGGCCUGUCCCUGCUGGCCCUCUGCCUAGCACAGUCCUCACGUGCCGAGGAGGGCGACACGCGACCCAGCGUGCUGGCCCCGAAUACGUCGACGUCCAGACCCGCGGUCACCAGGGCGCCCGUCAAGUCGACUACCAAAGACCCCGGGCCAGACCCACGAAACCCGUUCAAGUACUAUGCGCGCAGGCAAGAGAAGCUUGUCAAGACGCUCAUGAAGACCAUCACCGAGCACGUGACGCCCCAGUUCUUGGGAGACAUCUCGCAGCUCAAUCUCACCGGUGACUGCACCUACGGAUUAUUCAAGAUGAUCUUCGGCGUAAAGCAGCUCAAGCCGUGGGCCAUAAAAAUGCUGGACGCCAGCGGGAAAAUGCCUGACGGACUUUUCUACGGUUCACUUGCCGCGUUCGGAGACAUGGGCGAAUGCCUACACGUGCGAGCCAUCAACCGGCGUCUCAACGGCAAACUUGAGGAGUAUUUCCAAGGCCAGUACUGUGCUCUGAACAUUCGUUUCAAGCUGCCGCCAAAACCAGCCCGCUACAGCCCCAAGACAUUCCUGAAGAACCUCACCGAUGAGGUGCCUCUCUACAAGCACCUUCUGGGAGACGUGUCGGUGGGUUACUUCUACUUCACACCCAUCCGGAUGGCACUGUGCGUGCCUUCGACGUGCACGCAAAAGGACAUACAGACGUUGGGAAGCGCUGUUGGGGAUUUGGCACAGCUGGAUGUGACAGUUCCUUUUUGCGAGAAACUAAAGCCGACGGAGUACACCACGCUCCAGCUUAUUGCGAUGGGCAUCUUGGCGUUCUUCUUCUGUCUGGUGCUGCUGGGUACGUUCCUAGACGUGGCACCAAGGUUGCUCCAAAGCUGGGCCAGUCACGAUACCUCAUCCCAGUGCUCGGAGAAGGACAAGGAGAUGAGGAAUAAUGUCGCGCUGGACGUCCUUCUGUCGUUCUCGGCCUUCUCGAACGGCAAGCGGCUGCUGAGCACACGCACAGCCAUCGGGGUACUGGAGCCAUUGCACGGCAUGCGCGUCAUCACAAUGGCCUGGAUCAUACUGGGACACACGUUCUUUUACAAGAGCUACGUGCUGUCAGGUGGCCUCUUCGAAGCGCUCGAGUAUGGCAAGUCGUUCCCCUUCCAGAUUGUCCUCAACGUGUUUCCGGCCGUCGAGACCUUCGUCACCAUGUCUGGAAUUUUGGUGGCAUAUAACAGCCUGCACAAGCUCGAAAAGCGACAAGGUUCUUUCAAUCCAUUCAGCUAUUUUAUCCAUCGGUACCUGAGGUUAACGCCGGCGUUCAUACUAGUGUCUCUUCUGAUGAUUUUGCUACCACUAACCGGGAGCGGACCAGUCUGGAACGAAACCCUGCAGCCAUUUGCAAAAGCUUGUGAGAAGAGAUGGUGGACGAAUAUCCUCUACAUCGGCUCUUGGUACCACAGAGAGGACAUGUGCCUGCCUCACGGAUGGUACCUUUCGUGCGACAUGCACUACUACAUCAUUGCUCCCGUCAUAUUCAUGCUGAUGUACAGGAGGCCUGCGGUGAGCUUUGCGCUGCUGGCCAUUCUGGGAGUUUCGUCUGUCAUCGCUGUUGGUGUUCUCACGUACAUCUGGGAGUUCCCGCCCAUCCCCAUCUUUGUGGACCCUGAUCCAGAUCACUUCAACGAGUACAUGAGCUACCUCGGAUACCGGCCGUACACGCAUCUCACAGCCUUCUGCAUCGGCAUGGCCACAGGCUACUUCCUGUACAAACAUAAAACGCUGCACAUCAACAGGGUCGCACGUCUGCUGGGCUGGCUAGCAGCAGCACUGGUGAACAUGACGGUGGUGUUCGGCGUUUACAACUGGAACGCGUACGAGGCGCCAUCGCUCUCCGUGGCCGUGGCCUACGCAGCGCUCAGCCGCACUGCAUGGGCGUUCGGCAUCGCCUGGAUGGUGGUCGCCUGUGCCACCGGCAAUGGAGGUUUCAUCAACAAGGUGUUGUCGUGGCGGGCCUUCGUGCCACUGAGCCGGCUCACCUACCUCGUGUACCUGGUGCACCCACUGCUCAUACUGUGGCACACCGCCUACCUCAAGAAGCCCUUCUACACCACGCAGUUCUUUGUGGGCUACGUCUACCUGGGCCACCUGUUCUCGGCCUACUGUCUCUCUUUCUCGCUGAGUUUGACCUUCGAGUCACCUUUCAUCUUGCUCGAGAGGAUACUGCUGGGCAAGUCAGCACGCCAGAUGGGCUAUCAACCCGAGAAAACAGAUAAGAUCUCGGCGCGAGACUUUUCCAAGAGCCCGGACUCGCUCCCCACCAAGGCGUUCGAGAACGGCUCCAGCACUUGCGGUGUCUAAGUGCGGCGAUAUAUGGUUGUGCGUGCGUGCAUCUUUCGUCAGUUGCCUUCGUUUGCGAAGAAGCGGUGCAUCCUUCACACCUCCCAUGUGCUUGCUCAAAGGACGUCCGAACUGCCCUCAAGUGAUACGGGGCUGAGAACUUCUCCUUAUGGGUGCUCUUUUUUUU